AGCGGGAAAAGGAGCCGGGAAUCGGCACCGGGAGAGGGAAAAGGAGCCGGGAAUCGGCACCGGGAGAGGGAAAAGGAGCCGGGAAUCGCCCGGGAUCGGCACCGGGAGAGGGAAAAGGAGCCCGGAAUUGCCCGGGAUCGGCACCGGGAGCGGGAAAAGGAGCCCGGAAUCGCCCGGGAUCGGCACCAGGAGAGGGAAAAGGAGCCGGGAAUCGCCCGGGAUCGGCACCGGGAGAGGGAAAAGGAGCCGGGAAUCGCCCGGGAUCGGCACCGGGAGCGGGAAAAGGAGCCCGGAAUCGCCCGGGAUCGGCACCGGGAGAGGGAAAAGGAGCCGGGAAUCGGCACCGGGAGAGGGAAAAGGAGCCCGGAAUUGCCCGGGAUCGGCAGCGGGAGAGGGAAAAGGAGCCGGGAAUCGCCCGGGAUCGGCACCGGGAGCGGGAAAAGGAGCCGGGAAUCGGCACCGGGAGAGGGAAAAGGAGCCCGGGAUCGGCACCGGGAGAGGGAAAAGGAGCCCGGAAUUGCCCGGGAUCGGGAAAAGGAGCCCGGGAUCGGCACCGGGAGAGGGAAAAGGAGCCCGGAAUUGCCCGGGAUCGGGAAAAGGAGCCCGGGAUCGGCACCGGGAGCCGGAAAAGGAGCCCGGAAUUGCCCGGGAUCGGCAGCGGGAGCGGGAAAAGGAGCCCGGAAUCGCCCGGGAUCGGCACCGGGAGAGGGAAGAGGAUCCCGGAAUUCCCUUGGCUCGGUCCCCGCACGCCGCGAACCCCGGACCGAGGAUCGGGAUCGGGAUCAGCAUCGGAUCCAUGGCCGCCUUCCAGUCCCCGACGCCCUCGUCCCGCAGGGACAAACCGGAUGCCGGCGCCGUGUCCGUCACCAUCCCGGCCUCUCCCUUCAUGCAGAAGUUGGGAUUCGGCACCGGAGUCAGCGUGUACCUGAUGAAAAGGUCUCCGCGGGGAUUAUCCCGCUCUCCGUGGGCCGUGAAGAAAAUCAACUCCGGCUGCAGCCGGAGCCAGCGGAGCCUCUUCCAGAGGAGACUCCAGGAGGAGGCCCAGAUCCUCCGGAAUCUGCGGCAUCCCAACAUCGUGGGCUACCGGGCGCUGACGAAGGCUCCGGACGGGAGCCUGUGCCUGGCCAUGGAAUUCGGGGGGGAGAAAUCCCUGAACGACCUCAUCGAGGAGCGCCGGGAGCAGCGAUUGGGAGCGUUCCCGGCUCCCACCAUCCUGCAGGUGGCCCUGAGCAUGGCCAGGGGGCUCCAGUACCUGCACACGGAGCAGCGGCUGCUCCACGGGGACAUCAAAUCCCCCAACGUCGUCGUCCGGGGCUGCUUCGAAUCCGUGAAAAUCUGCGACGUCGGAGUCUCGCUGCCCCUGGAUGAGAACCUGGCAGUGAGCGAUCCCGAGCUCUGCUACGUGGGCACGGAGCCCUGGAAGCCUCCGGAGGCGCUGGAGCCGGGCGGGAUCAUCACGGACAGAUCCGACAUCUUCCCCUUCGGCCUCACCCUGUGGGAGAUGCUGGCCCUGAGCAUCCCGCACCUCCCGCUGCCGGAAUCCGACACGGAAGAGGAAUCCUUUUCCGAGGAAUCCUUCGACGAGGAUUCCUACUACGCGGCGCUGGGCACGCGGCCGCCGCUGCCUCCGGAGGCGCUGGAUCCAUCCCAGGGCCCGGUGCUGGAGCUCUUCUCCGUCUGCACGUGCCGCGAUCCCGGGAAAAGGCCCUCGGCCGCGCAGAUCCUGCAGGCGCUGGAGCCGCCGCCGCCCUGAGCCAUCCCGCGUUCCCAGCGGGAAGCGGCUCCGGAGCCUUGGGAAGAGCCCUUCGGGAUUCCCGGGCCGCGCUCCCCGCUCUGCUCCUUUGGGGGUUUUGGGAUGGAUUUUCCUCAGCGUCGGGUUGGGUUUUCCCGGGUUUUUUUUAGGGUUGGGUUUUCCCGGGUUUUUUUUUAGGGUUGGGUUUUCCCACUCUUCGGUUCAGUUUUCCCGCUCUUUUCGGGGCUGGAAUUUCCUGAGUUUAGGUCGGAUUUUUCCUCUUUUUGGGGGUUGGAUUUUCCCCCUUUUUUAGGCUGGAUUUUCCCUUUUCUAGGCUGGAAUUUCCAUCAUUUCUGGUUGGAUUUUUCCCUCCUUUUGGGGUUGGAUCCCGCCCCUUUUUUCCUUGGAUUUUCCCUCUUUUUUUAGGCUGGAAUUUCCUUCAUUUUUCGUUGGAUUUUCCGUCCUUUUUGGGGUUUGAUCCCGCCCCCCAUUUCCUUGGAUUUUCCUUUUUUUUUGGGCUGGAAUUUCCUGAGUUCAGGUCCAGUUUUCCUGCAUUUUUUAGUUGGAUUUUCCCUCUUUUUGGGGCUGGAAUUUCCUGAGUUUAGGUCGGAUUUUCCCUCUAUUUUAGGCUGAUUUUCCAUCAUUUUUGGUUGGAUUUUCCCUCCUUUUGGGGUUGGAUCCCGCCCCCUUUUUCCUUGGAUUUUCCCUCUUUUUUGGGCUGGAAUUUCCCGAGUUCGGGUCAGGUUUUCCCAAGGUUUUGGGCUGGAAUUUCCCGAGUUUAGGCCUGGAUUUUCCCUCUUUUCUAGGCUGGAUUUUCCAUCAUUUUUGGUUGGACUUUCGAUCUUUUUGGGGUUGGAUCCCGCCCCCUUUUUCCUUGGAUUUUCCCUCUUUUUGCGGCUGGAAUUUCCCAAGUUUAGGUUGGAUUUUCCCUCUUUUUUUAGGCUGGAAUUUCCAUCAUUUUUUGGUUGGAUUUUCCCUCCUUUUGGGGUUGGAUCCCGCCCCCUUUUUCCUUGGAUUUUCCCUCUUUUUUGGGCUGGAAUUUCCCGAGUUCGGGUCAGGUUUUCCCAAGGUUUUGGGCUGGAAUUUCCCGAGUUUAGGCCUGGAUUUUCCCUCUUUUCUAGACUGGAUUUUCCAUCAUUUUUGGUUGGAUUCUC